UGUACCAUGUAGGUGUCAGCUGUAAACCUGAUGCCUGUGAAGUGAUAGCUUGGAGGAAAUAUUUUGAUGUGCUAGCUUCAACUAACAAGAGGAAAGGGUUCUGAUGUAGGCCUAUGAAUCUCCAUUUGUCUGAGAGCUAGGGUUGUGCAGUUGUCCAAGGGGGACACAGUGGCAGAGAAAAGCCCUGUGAAAACAUCCAUAUUUAUCAUAUGUAAUAAUUUCUGACCAUCUUUAAUGCAUGACUGACAAAUGGGCAAGGAAGACUCCAAUAACUUUGCCCGCCUGCAUUCUGGACCAGAGGUCUGUGUAAGGGGCGAAGUGGAGAUGAAGCGAAAGCUCCAAGGAUAAUAAGCACCAUUAAGGUCUAGGAGAUAGAUGGAUUCCACCUCUGAAAAGGAUAUGAGCCAUCAGCAACACAUUGCAUCAUAAAUAUGAAAUAUGACCUUUCAAGAAGGUUAAUGUGAACAACACUCCAACCAAUAGGAUUACAGGACUGUUUCAAGUGAACUCAGUGUUUACUACACCCUGAUUGGUGGGGAUGCUUCUGACUUCACAAUAGUACUCAGCAGCAAGAGCCUUGAAAUCAAACAAUAUAAGCAAGCAGCCUUUCUCUUUCCCUUUGGCACCAAAACCAUUACCAUUGGGCUGUGAGGAAAGAAGUGCCACAUCCAAAACAACUGGAUCCAUAGGAUCCAAACCACACAGGACCUUGUGUCCCCAAGGAAAACCAACCAAAUAGUCCCUAAAUCCAGUCAUCAUUUCCUUUGGGAUGGUUAAUUAUUACGAAGUCCUAGGACUGCAACAAAAUGCCUCGCAAGAAGAUAUUAAGAAGGCCUACCGUAAGCUGGCAUUAAAGUGGCAUCCUGACAAAAACCCUUAUAACAAGGAUGAAGCUGAGAAGAAAUUCAAAGCAGUUGCUGAAGCCUAUGAAGUUCUCUCAGAUCCCCAGAAGCGAUCUCUCUAUGACAGGCCAGUCAAAGAACCAAGGUACAGAGGGAGAGGAACAACUGGAGGCUACUCCCACAGCCCAUUUGAUUUUAACUUUGUUUUCCGCAGUCCUGAGGAAAUCUUCAGGGAAUUUUUUGGCGGAAUGGACACCUGGGACGACCAGUUUGAUGAUGACAGUAAUGAAGGGGAAACCAGAAGUGGCUCCUUGGGUCUAUUUUCUGGGCUUGGUGCUUUUGCCAACUUUGGAUUCAAUGCAUUUGGGCCUGGUAUGCACACCAUGUUCUCCUGUAGGUCCUUUGGAGAUGACAGCAGUGGCGCACAUAACUUUAGAUCUGUUUCAACAUCUACUGAAGUGAUCAAUGGACGAAGAAUCACCACACGAAAAAUUGUUGAGAAUGGACAAGAAAGAAUUGAAAUCGAGGAAGAUGGUCAACUGAAGUCCAUAAAAGUAAAUGGAAGGGAACAGUUGAAAUGCUAGCUUCAUGUCUGUUCAAAAAAGCAAUAGCCAACUGCUUGAACAAUCUUAAAUGGACUCUUGUUCCGUAAAAACGGAAUACAACUAAUAAACUCCUUCACUGAGUUCAAGA